AUGACAAUGAUGAAACACUUACUAAUCAAAUACUUUCUUCUGUUGUAUUUUGUGGUCAGAGGCGAUGAGCGACUCACAAAAGGGGCAACAGGAUGCUCUGCUGCUAAAAGCACAAUCGACACAAUGAGACUAUCGGGAGUAUUUCCUAAGGACGACCACUUUCUCUAUGCAACUCUCAGUGGCGUUAGCGACUUUGGCACAAAAGAUGUCAUCUCGGGAGCCAAAGGAAUAUGGCAAACAACUGAUGCCAAUUUGAAGAAGGCAAUCGGAAUAAUGAACAGUCAAAACAAAGCACAGGAAAUUCAAGAUAAACUAUGUGUUGAUAUGUCCAAUGUAACUCUUGAUGAUAUGGAUAUUCCAAUGAAUAGUUUGGUAUGCGCUGCUUUAUUGGUGCUAGGAAAAAGUGGCGAAAUUCCAGUUCAGGGAAAAACAGACGAACAGGCUGAUUGGUGGAUUUCUGCCGCUGAUAUUGCAGAUGGAAGCUACAAAGAUACCUAUUUUAAACCAAUGGCGGACGAGUUUGAAAAAUCAGGAUCGAGUAAUGCGAAUGUGAAAUGUUUCGUCAGUUGCAGCAAAGUACCUCAAAAUAUAGUCUAUGUCAUAGAUGAAUCUUCAAGUAUAGACGAUUCAGAAUACGACAGUGAGAAAGAAGGACUGAAAAAGCUGUUGCAAUACCACAAAGAUUCCUACAACAGCAAUCAGACAUAUUUUGGGCUAAUUUGGUACUCCAAUUAUACCAACCAGUUGCUAACAAUGAGAACUGGAAGCAACCAAAGCUACGAUGACUUCAUAGAAAUACGUAUUAACAUCAGAGACCAGAACCACACCGGAGGAACGUUUACUUAUACUGACAGAGCUGUUAAAGAUGCUUGUGACACCAUUCAAAACGGGGUUAACAAUAGAUACAAUGACCCUAGCGUUCAGUCUUCAAUUGUAUUUCUGACAGAUGGAAAUUCGACGGAUCCAGGCAAAUUGCAAAAGGAAGUAGCAAAAAUGAAACAAUUGAAUAUAGAAACGUUUGCUAUUGGUCUAGCAAACAGAGCAGACGAAGCGGAGCUGCAGUUACUUGCCAGCAAACCUGAAAACUGGAGAAAGUACGCAAGUAUAGACGAUAUGAGCCAAGAUGGCGUUACUUUAGGAUACCUUGCCUGCGAAAUGAAAACAGGCAAAGCUAACCUUCCAAGUUGUCCAACGACAACAACAGCAUCAUCAUCAACUACUAAUGUAUCGACCACUGCAUCACCGAAUACAACGACUGCAGCCCAAACAUCACCGAAUACAACGACAAUAGCCCAAACAUCACCGAAUACAACGACAAUAGCCCAAACAUCACCGAAUACAACGACAAUAGCCCAAACAUCACCGAAUACAACGACAGUAGCCCCAACAUCACCAAGCACAACGACAGUAGCCCCAACAUCACCGAAGACAACGACAGUAGCCCCAACAUCACCAAGCACAACGACAGUAGCCCCAACAUCAACGAAGAAAACGACAGUAGCCCAAACAUCACCGAAGACAACGACAGUAGCCCCAACAUCACCGAAGACAACGACAGUAGCCCCAACAUCACCGAGCACAACGACAGUAGCCCCAACAUCACCGAAUACAACGACAGUAGCCCCAACAUCACCGAAUACAACGACAGUAGCCCCAACAUCACCGAAUACAACGACAGUAGCCCCAACAUCACCGAAUACAACGACAGUAGCCCCAACAUCACCAAAGACAACGACAGUAGCCCCAACAUCACCGAGCACAACGACAGUAGCCCCAACAUCACCGAAGACAACGACAGUAGCCCCAACAUCACCAAGCACAACGACUGUAGCCCCAACAUCACCGAAGACAACGACAGUAGCCCCAACAUCACCGAAGACAACGACAGUAGCCCCAACAUCACCGAAUACAACGACAGUAGCCAAAACAUCACCGAAUACAACGACAAUACACAACGACAGUAGCCCCAACAUCACCAAAGACAACGACAGUAGCCCCAACAUCACCGAAGACAACGACGGUAGCCCCAACAUCACUGAAUACAACGACAGUAGCCCCAACAUCACCGAAGACAACAACAGUAGCCCCAACAUCACCGAAUACAACGACAGUAGCCCCAACAUCACCGAAUACAACGACAGUAGCCCCAACAUCACCGAAUACAACGACAUUAGCCGCAACAUCACCGAAGACAACGACAGUAGCCCCAACAUCACCGAAUACAACGAUAGUAGCCCCAACAUCACCGAAUACAACGACAGUAGCCCCAACAUCACCGAAGACAACGACAGUAGCCCCAACAUCACCGAAUACAACGACAGUAGCCCCAACAUCACCGAAGACAACGACAGUAGCCCCAACAUCACCGAAUACAACGACAGUAGCCAAAACAUCACCGAAUACAACGACAAUAGCCCCAACAUCACCGAAUACAACGACAGUAGCUCCAAUAUUACCGAGCACAACGACAGUAGCCCCAACAUCACCAAAGACAACGACAGUAGCCCCAACAUCACCGAAGACAACGACGGUAGCCCCAACAUCACUGAAUACAACGACAGUAGCCCCAACAUCACCGAAGACAACAACAGUAGCCCCAACAUCACCGAAUACAACGACAGUAGCCCCAACAUCACCGAAUACAACGACAGUAGCCCCAACAUCACCGAAUACAACGACAUUAGCCCCAACAUCACCGAAGACAACGACAGUAGCCCCAACAUCACCGAAUACAACGAUAGUAGCCCCAACAUCACCGAAUACAACGACAGUAGCCCCAACAUCACCGAAGACAACGACAGUAGCCCCAACAUCACCGAAUACAACGACAGUAGCCCCAACAUCACCGAAGACAACGACAAUAGCCCCAUCAUCACCGAGCACAACGACAGUAGCCCCAACAUCAUCGAGCACAACGACAGUAGCCCCAACAUCACCGAAUACAACGACAGUAGCCAAAACACCACCGAAUACAACGACAAUAGCCCCAACAUCACCGAAUACAACGACAGUAACCCUAACAUCACCGAAGACAACGACAGUAGCCUCCACAUUACCGAAAACAACGACAGUAGCACCAACAUCACCGAACACAUUGACAGUAGCCCCAACAUCACCGAAGACAAUGACAGUAGCCCCAACAUCGCCGAAUACAACGACAGUAGCCACAACAUCACCGAAUACAACGACAGUAGCCCCAACAUCACCGAAUACAACGACAGUAGCCCCAACAUCACCGAAGACAACGACGGCAGCCCAAACAUCGCCGAUUACAACAACAGCAGCUUCAAUAUCACCGAAAACAACGACUGCUGCGCAAACAAUGCCGAUUACAACAACAGCAGCCCCAACAUCGCCAAAAACAACUGCAAUCCAAACAACGCCGAUUACAACAACAGGAGCUCCAACAUCACUGAAAACAACUACUGCAGCGCAAACAUCGCCGGUUACAACAACAUCACUUGCAAUAUCACCGAAAACAACUACUGCAGUGCAAACAUCGCUGAUUACAACAACACCAGCCCAAACAUCGCCAAAAACAACGACUGCAAUCCAAAUAACGCCGAUUACAACAACAUUAGCCCAAACAUCGCCAAAAACAAUAACUGCAGUCCAAACAACGCCGGUUACAACAACAGCAUAUCCAACAUCGCUAAAAACAACGGCUGCAGCCCAAACAUCACCGAAUACAGUAACUGCAGCCCCCGCAUCACCGAAUACAACAACAGUAGCACAAACAUUGCCAAAAACAACAUCAGUAGCCCAAAUAUCGCCAAAAACAACGACUGCAGCCCAAACAUUGCCGGUUACAACAACGGCAGCUUCAAUAUCACUGAAAACAACAACUCCGGCCCACACAUUGCCGAUUACAACAACAGCAGCUCAAACAUCACCAAAAACAUCCACAGUAGCCCAAACGUCGCAAAAAACAUUGACUGCAGCCCAAACAUCGCCGAUUACAACAACAGCAGCUCCAACAUCACCGAAAACAACAACUGUAGCGCAAACAUCGCCGGUUACAACAACAGCAGUUCAAAUAUCACCAAAAACAACCACAGUAGCCCAAACAACGCAAAACACUUUGACUGCAGCCCAAACAACGCCGAUUACAACAACAGCAGCUCCAACAUCACCGAAAACAACAACUGCAGCGCAAACAUCGCCAGUUACAACAACAUCAGCUUCAAGAUCACCGAAAACGACGACUGCAGUCCAAACAUCGCCGGUUACAACAACAGCAGCUUCAAUAUCACCGAAAACAACGACUGCUGCCCAAACAAUGCCGAUUACAACAACAGCAGCCCCAACAUCGCCGAAAACAAUGACAAUAUCCCAACCAUCGCCAAAAACAACGACUGCAACCCAAACAUCGCUGAUUACAACAACAGCGGCUCCAACGUCACCGAAAACAACGACUGCAGCCCAAACAUCGCCAAAAACAACAACACCUGGAGGGCCUGGAGCAACGACUGGCUCUGCCGUGCCAGCUACUGGAUCUAA